GCACCAGCUCGUUGUACGGUAAUUGCACUGCAUUUGGUUGCGAAUUCCAGAGCCGCUUUCAAGUCAAUUCCCGAAACAAUCUGGUUGGCAAAAGCGCCAAUGAAUGUAUCGCCAGCACCAGUAGUGUCAACGGCUUUGACUUUAGCAGCUGGAAGGAAGCCUUUAGCACCAGAACGAGAAACAAAGUAGCUGCCAUGACUACCUAAUGUAAUGAUCACAGCCUUCCGAACACCCUUUUCCAGUAAACGAAGGGCAUACUUUUCGGCAUUGUCAACCGUGAUGUCUACAUUUGUUUCAUUGAGCACGAUGGCAGCUUCAUGUUCGUUGGGCACAAGGUAGUCGCACUUACUGAGCAUGUCAUCAGACAGGAAGAACGCGGGUGCAGGGUUCAGUAAGACGGGAGUGUUGUGUUUGUUGGCAAUUUCAAGAGCCUUCGCUACAGAGGCGAUUGGAAUCUCGAGUUGAAGGAUGAUCAUGUCGCUUUCGGCAAUGACACUUUCCAACUUAUCAACGUAAGUCUCGUCCACGAGGCCAUUCGCUCCAGCAGACAACAAGAUUCUGUUCUCUCCUGUUUGCUCGACGAUAAUCAUAGCGACACCGGUAGAAAUGCCUUUCACGGAUUGAACAUGGGAGGUAUCAAUUUUGUCUGUAUGAAGCCCUUCCAAUAAUGUGCGUCCAAAAGCAUCUUCUCCAACACAUCCUGCCAUCAUCACCUUUGUAUUGUCGUCUGGUGUCAUUCUAGCAGCAGCAACAGCUUGGUUCGCACCUUUUCCUCCAAGACCUUGAGAGAAACCAUUAUCCAACGAAUGCACAGUUUCGCCAGCUUUGGGACAAGCCUUUGUUCUCAUCACCAAAUCGGCGUUUAAGCUUCCAAUCACUAAGAUACGGUUCAUAAUUGUAGAGACUAAGAAGGAAAUAGAGAGACAGGAACAGAAAUAGAAAACUGAGGGGAAUCAGGAAAAUAAGAGGUAAUUCAAGGGAAAUAAGGGCAAAUUUUUUUAAUAAAAGUUUGUUUUUUGCCUACAAUGCUUGUUAUUUAAGGAAAAGUAUGGCGCUUUUUCCUCGUUGAUUUGUUCGUUUUAUUAUGUGAAACGUGUACGUGGCGGCUGAACCAAAAGUAUUCCUUUUCCCUGCAGUAGAACCGCUUCGUUUCCCUUUACGAACCGCGUUUUAGAAGUCAAUGUCUCAUUAAAAAUUAAAAUUGGCUUGAACGUAUGCUACCCAGUCGUUUAUGUUCUUUCUCUCUCUUGUUUCGCUUCCAAAUACAGAUCGUCAACAUUGUUCUCUUUCCAGCUUAUGCCCACUUCUGAGUUAAAUAAGCAUUCAAUUGGAAACAAAAGAGCUAGAAGCGAGUCGGUAGAUGAGGAAUUUUGUGCGAUAUGUUUGGAUACUCUUUCUCGAAAGGCCAAGUUGCACCCAUGUGGUCAUUCCUGCUUCGACCUGGACUGUAUAACAACGUGGUUACAGAGGUCUUACAAGUGUCCGUUGUGUAAGCGGCCAGUUGACUGUAUAUAUUAUGAUUAUGAUAUACGAAACAAGUUUAAAAGGCGGUACAUUCAACCUCGUUCUACAGAGGUUGGCAACACUCGCAACGACUCUGUGGAAGGUGACACUGUGCACGACACCAGAUCUUCUCUCUUUGCAGAGUAUCCCUUAUUGGCUAGCAGGAAGGUCAUCUACGAGUACCAAAUGUUGUCGAGAAUUACCCGGCUUCCACGGAGAUCCCGGUUCGAAAAUGGCGUCUGUUUGGCGGCGUUUCGCUCGUCUUCAAUGUUACAGAGAAAAACGGAGGCCUUUUUAGGGCGGGAGUUGGUUCUGUUCGAUUACAUGGACCAAUCUCAAUUAUCAUUUCUAAAACAUUUUAUGAUGGAGCUUCUUCGACAGCAUGGGAUUGAUGAACCCCAUACAUUACUCCAAGUAUCCGAGUUCUUAGGUGAACAGGAUGCAAAAACUCUGCUCCAUGAACUUCACACAUUCUUAAAAACUUCCAUCACAACAAUUCACCGGUACGAUGCAUGCGAUUAUGUUGUGUAUGGUGAGAGUGGCCUUACGUUAGAAGACAUACAGCACCGGCUGGAAGCCUCUCCAUCUUACUUUGAUGAAUGGGGAACUGAACAAUCCGAUGAGCAGAACAGCGGACAGGACGACGGACAAGGUUAGCAAAAAAGAAGGAGGGACGGAUAACUCUAAUGUGCAAACAAACAUUCAUUUACUGUUUCCGUCCUUGGUUGUUUCUUUUUUCCUUCAUAGUGUUUGACCAACACAUUUUGUAUAGUUAUAUCUUUAUAUUUCAUAUAGACAAAUUUGUAACGCUUAAUGAAAUAGGUUGACAUGUAAUGAAUUCCAAAAGCCGUCAUUUUAAUUCCACAUGUAUUCGCU